UGGUGCUGGCCAAUGGGAGCGCGGGGCCGGGCGGCGCCUCUUUGUCUAUAUGAGGCGCCGCGGGGCUGUGGGAGCCGCCAUUGCUGCCGCCGCCGCCGCGCUCAGAGCUCCUGACUUAAAGGGGCCGCGCCACCGAUAGGCGGAGGGGUAAGAAAGACGAGCUCCAUCCACGACCGGGUGGGCCCCACCGCUCCGGUACCUUCACCGCGCCCAGCCCGACCCGCGCCGCCACCAUGAGGGAGAUCGUCCACAUCCAAGCGGGACAAUGUGGCAACCAGAUCGGCGCCAAGUUCUGGGAGGUGAUCAGUGAUGAACAUGGCAUCGAUCCCACCGGCACCUACCACGGUGACAGCGACCUCCAGCUUGACCGCAUCAGUGUCUACUACAAUGAGGCCACCGGUGGGAAGUAUGUGCCAAGGGCCAUCUUGGUGGACCUGGAGCCUGGGACCAUGGACUCGGUGCGCUCAGGACCCUUUGGGCAGAUCUUUAGGCCGGACAACUUUGUUUUUGGCCAGAGCGGCGCCGGCAACAACUGGGCCAAAGGGCACUACACGGAGGGGGCCGAGCUGGUGGACUCGGUCCUGGACGUGGUGCGGAAGGAGGCGGAGAGCUGCGACUGCCUCCAGGGCUUCCAGCUGACCCACUCGCUGGGUGGUGGCACCGGCUCCGGGAUGGGCACCCUCUUGAUCUCCAAGAUCCGGGAGGAAUAUCCCGACCGCAUCAUGAACACCUUCAGCGUGGUGCCGUCGCCGAAGGUGUCGGACACGGUGGUGGAACCCUACAACGCCACGUUGUCCGUCCAUCAGCUGGUGGAGAACACGGAUGAGACCUACUGCAUCGACAACGAAGCUCUCUACGACAUCUGCUUCCGCACCCUCAAGUUGACCACCCCCACCUACGGGGACCUCAACCACCUCGUCUCGGCCACCAUGAGCGGGGUCACCACUUGCUUACGCUUCCCAGGGCAGCUCAACGCCGAUCUCCGCAAGUUGGCCGUCAACAUGGUGCCCUUCCCGCGGCUCCACUUCUUCAUGCCGGGCUUCGCGCCCUUGACCUCCCGUGGGAGCCAACAGUACCGGGCCCUCACCGUGCCCGAGCUCACCCAACAGGUCUUUGAUGCCAAGAACAUGAUGGCAGCUUGUGACCCGCGGCACGGGCGCUACCUGACGGUGGCCGCCGUCUUCCGGGGCCGCAUGUCCAUGAAGGAAGUGGACGAGCAGAUGCUCAACGUGCAGAACAAGAACAGCUCCUACUUCGUGGAGUGGAUCCCCAACAACGUCAAGACGGCCGUUUGUGACAUCCCGCCCCGUGGCCUGAAGAUGGCCGUCACCUUCAUCGGCAACAGCACGGCCAUCCAGGAGCUCUUCAAGAGGAUCUCGGAGCAGUUCACGGCCAUGUUCCGCCGCAAAGCCUUCCUCCACUGGUACACGGGUGAGGGCAUGGACGAGAUGGAGUUCACCGAGGCCGAGAGCAACAUGAAUGACCUGGUGUCCGAGUACCAGCAGUACCAGGAUGCCACCGCUGAGGAAGAGGAGGACUUCGGGGAAGAGGCCGAAGAAGAGGCUUGAGGUGGUGGGUUGGCCAUGGAGAACCCCCUCGUCCUUCAGCGUUGUCCUCGGAGAGCCCUCGUCCUUCACCGUCGUCGUCAAAGAGAGCCCUCGUCCUUCACCGGUGUCCUUGGAGAGCCUUCGGCGUCAUCCUCGUCCUCCAUCGGCGUCCUCAGAGCCCCCCCGGCCUUGGGUGUCAUCCGUGUCCUCUGUCAGCUUCAGUGGUGUCCUCACAGAGCCCCCCCGCUCUUCACUGGUGUCACCAUUGGCCUUUGUCAUCACCCUCAUCGUGCACCAUGCUCCUUGGAGAGCUCCCGGCCUUCAUCCUCCUCCUCAGGGAGCUGAUGUCCAGCAGGAGAAAGCUCUUGGCCUUCAUCGUGGUUGUCCUCCAAGCCCUCGGCCUUCAGCGUUGGCACUGGAGAGCCCUUGGGCCUUCAUCAUCAUCCUGGAGAGAGGAUGGGGCUUCAACAGCAUCGUUGGCACCAGAGAGUUCUUGUUCUUCAUCAUGGUCACUGAAGAGUCAUCGUCCUUCAUCAUGGUCACUGAAGAGUCCUUGUUCUACAUCAUGGUCACUGAAGAGCCCUUGUUCUUCAUCAUGGUCACUGAAGAGGCCUUGUUCUUCAUCAUGGUCACUGAAGAGUCCUCGUCCUUCAUCAUGGUCACUGAAGAGUCCUCAUCCUUCAUCAUGGUCACUGAAGAGUCGUCAUCCUUCAUCAUGGUCACUGAAGAGUCCUCGUUCUUUAUCAUGGUCACUGAAGAGCCCUUGUUCUUCAUCAUGGUCACUGAAGAGCCCUUGUUCUUCAUCAUGGUCACUGAAGAGCCCUUGUCCUUCAUCACCACCACUAGAGAAUCCUUCAUCAUGGUCACCAGAGACCCCCAAUUCUUAAUCAUGGUCACCAAAGAGCCUUUGUCCUUCAUCCUGGUCACUGAAGAGCCCUUGUCCUUCAGCAGCAGCACCACAAAGUCCUUGUCCCUUCAUCCUGGUCACUGAAGAGCCCUUGUCCUUCAGCAGCAGCACCACAAAGUCCUUGUCCCUUCAUCCUGGAAGCUGAAGAGCCCUUGUCCUUCAGCAGCAGCACCAGAGAGUCCCAGACCUUCCUCAUGGUCACUGAAGAGCCUCCACCACCACCACUGGUCCAUGAGGAGCUCGUGUCCUUCACCCUCCUCAGCCCCAUCCCACCAUCACCUGCACCAGAGGCCACCGUGUCCCCACCGCCGGGGGGGUGACACCACUAAAUUAUUGCCACCGCCCCUCUCCCCCCCCUCUUCGGGGGCUCUCCUGUCCCCUCCCCCCGUGUCCCCUCCCCCCAUUUUGGGCCAUUUUUUUCCCCUUUUGAACCUUUUUCCCCUCUUUUUUUCGUUGGGUUUUUUUUUUUCAUAUUGAAAAGCCGCCCCCGGGCGAGGAAUAAACCCGGGAUGGAAAAGCCA